CCUCGGAGAGGUGAGCGAUUCUGGCUGCGCCCCUGUCUUUCCCUCCAAGGCCUGGACCCCGCCUCAAGGGGACCCCAUCCCCUUGCCACACCGCGGGACUCCAGAUGGGAGACUGUGCGCGCGGACCCAGGGAGCGCGUCGCGUGCCCGUUGCCCGCUUUCCGAAAGCUUUUCUGGGGCGCUUCGGUCGUCUUUCGAGUGCGCGGACCGGCCCAUCGCUUAGGUUGCCUGUAUCCGAUCUUUUUCUGUCUUGGUACCCGUUUGUCGCACUCAAGCUCUGUGACUGUGUUUCUCUAGCUCUCGGUGAAUCUCUGCCUCUGUUUUCUGUGGAAACCCUGCAUUUAUCUGGAUUUCUAUUCGUCGGUCUGAGAAUCUCUUUCUCAAUUUCCCUGUUUCUCCCACCCCCAGUCUCACUACAGAGCCACCUACGUUCCUUCUCCCUUCCCCCUUCUCUCGCCGGACUUGCAGGCUCUACCGACAGGCAGCACCGAGACCUCUGUCAAUGAACCCUGACCUCAACCGCAAGCCAGUGUUGCCUUCAGCUUUCACAAUCCUGUGCACACAAUGUUGGUUCCGUGCUUUUUUUUCAUCCGCUGGGUUCCUGGCCAUACCGUUAGGACUUCUCUCCUGGCCUCCCUCCAGCAACCAGUAACUCCCAAUGGAGACUGGGGCCGUCUCAACCUCUGGGGAUGACAGGGGAGAUGGGCACUGGACGUAAUCAACUACAGAGCCGAUGGACCGGCUGCUGCCCCGACAGCGCCCCACAGUGGUCAAAGCUCAGGCAUGCGGGCCGCGAGCCCAGCUGCGCUCAGCUGUCGCAGGCUGUAGGGCUGUCAGCUAGUCCUUCUCCACCCCUACCCGCCGCCUCAGUUUGCUGCUCUGAACAGUAGUUAAGAGCAAAGACCCUGGAGCCAGCCUGCUGGGAUCCCAGUGCUGGCUUCAGUCCUUACCUGCUCUUUGUAUUUUGUGUUUCUUCCUCUGUAAAAAUGAGAUUAAAAACAUCCACCCCCUGAUUAAUAUGUAAAAGUAGCCACAACAAAGGAGGAUAUUGAAGGCACUUUGCAGACUCCUGGGGAGAAGGGGGUUCGGAGCAGUGUAGUCUCCCAUCUGGAUCUCAUACCCCCUUCUAGCCCUGGGCUGGGUUACAUGGCUGCUGUCUAUUAAUAGUCCUCUCCAGUAACCCUGCUGAACUAGGCUUUCUGUAGAUAGUACUGGGGGCAGAGUAGACGGGAUUUAUCCGCCCUGCAGGCUAUAUCUCAGCAGGGUCAUGUGAGAGUGGAUGAAAUCUUUCACCCAACAGCAGUCUCCGAUCUAGUGUAUUCCACAGGUGGGACAACAGAUGCCCAGGGGGCAGGGGGACUAGUCUCCAGACAUGAAAAAGCACGGCUGGGUGCAACCCUUGUCAUGGAAUCCUCAUAAUAAGAGUUCUCCAUCUUCCCCAGUGAUUCAGCUAAGAGCAGAAGAGAGUGGAAGGCAGAUCUGGCUGCUCAUAUCCUGUGAGAGCAAGUCUGCUGGGCAGCCCCAUCUGGGGCUUCAGACCAAGGGGAUCCACCUAGUGUGCUGGGUCCGCAACAAAGACUGUCCUUGGGAAAAGAGAAGUGCUCCAGUCCUCAAACCAUAAUCAAGAAAUUGGACAGAGACUAGUGGCCCUGGAAUCAGAAUUUCAUAGGUGUUGGGGCCCCCAGGAAGCAAAUGAAGGCCUUGGGGACAGGUAUUUGCAUGAGUCCAGAUGAACUCACAUACCCAGGGUUGCUAGAUUUACCAGAUGUAUUUUAUCUGGCAAACCUAUGCAAUCUCCAAGCUUGCUCAUGACUACAGGGACCUCUCACUGACACUCACAGACACCCCAUACCAUCCACUACAUACACAGCAGCUCCAACCAAGCUGAGCUCUGGUAAUGUCUAAGUAACUGGAGAGAGAAAAACAACACUGGCAUCAUCCUUCUCCAUCUCACUUUCUAAAUGUCCUUGAUUUCUAAAAUGGCAAAUAUGAACCAGUAGCUUCUUUCUUUGCCAGCACUCUCUCCUGGUUCCCCUCACUCCAGCCCCCUGCCCAAGUUCAGGGUAAAACUAACUGAGGCGUUUGCUGCCCAAAUAUCCUGAUUCUUGCUGCAGUCAAGACUCCACCUUCUACAGAGCAGCUGCAGCCACCAGCCCGCACCUCUGCCUGACCCUGCUUCACCCUCCAUUCUGCUGAGACUCAGGUCAAGGAAAGACGUGGCCCCCUCAACCCUGUUCUGCAAGGUGAUUCUUUAAAAAUCCUCCAGAUUCUUCAGAACACACAGUUGUAACAGUGGAAACAGUCCAAGGAGAUCACGUGACUUGCUAGGCUUUUUGAAGGGCCCUUCGGUUGGGUUGGGCCCAGGUGUCCAGGCUCCCAGACUAGAACUCUUCUAUUUAUUCAAAUAACGCCUGCUUAACACCUGACCCAAGCUCAACGCUUGCCUGGGGAGGUGUUUCUGGGAGCUUCUCACUCCUCCCAAAGCUCUGGCCAAAUUUGUUUUGAACAAUGCCAGGAAUAGGUGCCCUGGGGCUGGGAGAAUUGUGACCCAAUAUUCGGGAUUCGUUUAGUUUUCUGCCCUUCUGUCGUGGCUCCAGCCUUUCCUGCCUGCAGGCUCUGCUUCUUCGACGACGUCUCUGGGUCGUGUGUGAGUCCUUGGGUGUGUCUGUCACUCCCCGCCGCGAAAGCCUGGGUGCUGACAGAAGUCCAGGCUUUCAGCACCCAUGCCUGCAGCCUCCAAGAAGCAGGAGGCGACAGAUUGUGCGGGUCUUGGUUACAGUGUCACUGGUAGUUCUCAGCGUCUUCUUUUCUCCGUCUCACUAUUUAGCCACCUUUCUCGAGCAGCCCAGAAAGGAUUGAGAGAAAGCGUCGGGGGCGGGGGUGGCGGGCGCUGAUCCAGGGAAUUUUCCACUCGGAAAUGUUCGGAGCACCGACCAGAGGUUGUUGUUUGUUUGUUGCUCUGUGCCGCUGUCAAUAGCGUCCUUCCCCUUAUGGCUCCUCCCUGCCCUUCUUCUGGCCCCUGUAGACGUGCUCUUCUCGGCUGGGGGGAAAGGAGAGAUCUCGGAUGAUUGUGAGAAUAUAAUUGUCAUCACGAAACCGGCCACGAGCGGCGCCGGCGCAGAGCUCUCCCGCGGCCUUCCCACGGUUCGCAUGCGGAGAGCGCGGAGGUCCGCCCCUCGGUGCAGACCCGCUGCAAAGCGCCGCCUGAGCCAGGCAGGGGACCCCACGCUUCCACGCUUCUCUGAUUUUACUCACAAACCUAGCCAAGCUACCGCGCAGCCACACGCUCUUUUGGUCCCUCCCCGGGGCCGCAGCCCUGGAGCAAGACGGCGGUUGGGCUGCAGCGGGUCCAUCUCCCCUUUCUCCUCCAGAUCAUCGCCUGCUCAAAGGCGGUCGGCUGUUUUGGCCCUGAGUGGGAGGCGGGAGACUCCAGAUCGUGUGACCUGCAGGGGCGAGCUGCAGGCGGUGGGACUCCACACACAGAGUUCAGGGAGAGGCCGGCCUCUCUGGGAGCCCAGAAAUGGCUGGGCCUUGGGCGGCGUGAGCUCUUUUACUCCCAGGCUAGCUAGCUCUGCACCGGCUCAGGGGUCGGUGCCUCUGCGGUCCCCCACACCUCAGGAAUUCUCCGCCUCUUGGAGGAAGCGACUUUCGCUCCUUCCAUUGUGCACGGCCACUGUCCCCCGGCUGCGUGAUGGGGGCUCGCGGGAGCACCCUCCGGCCCCAGCCCUGGGCGCCGCGGAGCCUGUGCACUCCGGUUCGUUCGCGGGAAGAGGGUUGUGGGCUCCGGAGAGGGUGAAAAAAACAGCGCGGGUCCCAGACCACCCGCCCGACCAGGAAAGCCGGCUUCGCAGCGACUGGAAAGGACCGACCGCACACGCUUGGGAGAUAUGCCGCAGGGCCUGGGGAGUUGGAGACGCUUCCAGGCGUGUGGAGGCCUGGGCAUCAGGUCAGAGUGCCUUGUGGCGUGCGUCCUGGGUCCGCGUGUGUGUGUCUGCCCCUCUGGGCGAAGGGCAACGGUGGCUUUGUGUGCUCAAGUACGUCUCUGAGAGGCCGGCGCCAGUGCCGAGUUCUCCCCUUCCCGACCGCACAUCUGGGCCGGGGACAGCCCUGGAACGAUCGCCAGCCAGGCCCACAGCUCCACCUCGGGGCCCGAAGGUGUGCGACCUGGUCGCGAGCUGCAGACCCACUCCGGGCCGCGGCAUGACCCUCCAGGGAAAGAGUAUGUGAGGGUGCGAGCCUGGGCAGGGGGAUUGCACCGUGGCGAGGAGAGGAGGGGACAGGGGCCUCGCGCGGAGAGCCAGGAGGACUGCCGUGGCCGCGGGAACCGGACGGCUUUCCACAGCCCCAAACGGGUGGGGAGGGAGGGGCGGGUGCGGAGCCGUCCGGAUGAGAUUCCCUACCCUAUACGCACGAACGCGCACACGCGCCGUCACGUUUAGCCUUUCAGAGCCCCAGGCAGGGUCAAUGAUGAUGCCGUAAGUCCUAGCAGGGGCGAGUAAAUAUUGCUGGACCUGAGUCCUUUGCAGCUGCUGUGGAGCCGCGGAAGCCAAGCUAUAGGGGACCAGCCAGAGUCCCAGCUCUGCCGCGCGGGAGCUGGGGACGGAUUCCAGGGAAACAGCGACCUCUGGAGGAGCCGCGCAGACACGCAAUGAGGCAGGGACUGGACGACCAGGAGCAGACAGGCAACCUGGUUGGAUCAAACAUAGCAUUGCAAGACCAAGGUGAUAGGCCUCAGUGGGACCUAAGUCAAGCCAAUCACUCCUACAAGAUUCAAUAUAUGAACUCUGAGAUGCCACGAUAUAAGGACUCUGGGGCUUGGGAUACAUGGACACGGAACUCUUGGAGGUUCUCCUUUUGGAUCAGAAGAUGAGCACGCAGGUCUAGCUGCCAGCAGCCAUCCUUCCUGUCAUGUGGAAAGUGCUGUUUGACAUCAAAGUCCAUCCACAGAUGAAAACACCCUAAGGAGCCAGAGCUUACUGACAAUGUUGAGUCCUCCUCCUCUGCCUGAAACUAGAACCCUUAGACUUCAUAGGUAUUCUAAAGAUAUUCCCCAUUCUGCUUAGUACGUUGAGUCAAAUUUUUCACAAACAGCAGCACCACAGCAGAGAAAGAUCCUGGGUUCCUGAGACCAUUGAGGUGCCAUGCCAUUCUGAACUGCCUGCACAGAUGUUUAUGUGAAAGAGAAAUAAACUUGAA